GCCAACGACUGCGUCACCAGCUUGCUCCCAGCCAGCUGCAACCUUGCUCCAGACUGCAUCUGCCACGCCGAGUCCUUCCUCGAUAACAUCGGGUGCUGCGUCUUCCAGGCGUGUGACGCUGCAGGCCAGCAGGCCGCGCUGGCGUAUGCGCACAGCAUCUGCGAUCCCGUGUCUGCGUCGUCACUGUUG